AUGGCCGAAGAGAUGGACUCAACGAAGAGUGCGUCCGAAGAGACGAUAGAGUUAUUGAAAUCGAUUGAAGAGAAGAGCAAUAAUUGCCAUAAAAUGGGUUCAAAUCUAUUGAUGAGACUUAAAGACAAUGAGUUAUUGACACAAAACGGCAACUCAUUUGUUGAGCUCAAGAACCGAGUCUUUCUCUCAUAUCUCAUGGACUUAACGUAUUUAGUGCUGAAGAAGGUGUCCGGACAGCGUCUGGAGGGCUCGGAUGUGAUCCAGCGAUUGGUAGAGCACAGGACUGUCUUGGAAAGGAUGAGACCAAUUGAACACAAACUCAGAUACACUUUCGAUAAACUCAUUAAGACAUCGACCGACGGAACCGUUGAUCCCAACGAUCCGUUGAGAUUCAAACCACAACUCAAUUCAAUUGUCGGCACAAAAGACACGGAAGACAUGGGAGACGAAGAAUAUAACUCCCAGAACGACGAUAUGGGAAGUAAUGACGAUAUGGAAGAAAGUGGUGAUAAUGGGAAGAAAGUUCGGUCUGAUGUUUACGUACCGCCAAAAGUGGCGCAAAUGAGGUUUGAUGUCGAGGAGGACCGGAAGGCCAAGGCUUUAGAGAGGGCUAAGAAGAAGGCGCUCAACAGUUCCAUUAUCUCGGAGUUGAGGCGCGAGUUUGACGACAGACCCGAAGAAGUGACACAUUCUGUUGAAUCGCAUAACAAAAUGAAUCGUUUCCUCAAAGACAAGACUGUCUUCGAAGAGGAAUACAUGACACGAAUGAGUUUGACUAAAAAGCAACGAAACGAAGCCAAACAAAUGCGAAUCCAAUCCAUGACAUCCACGACCGCCGGUUUGACUCAUUUCGGAGACAUCACUGCAUUAGACAUCGACCACAACAGCGACUAUCAGUUUUCCAAACAGAAGAAGAGGACCUCUUCUAAGAACAAGAAAUAUAAGAAGGGUUUCAAAAAGUUUAAGAAAUAG